AUGGGCUGCUUCAUGGGCUGCUUCGGGGGCGCCAAGUCCAAGGAGCGCCGCCACCGCAGGCGGAAGCGGUCCCCGGCGCAGUCCCCCAACGCCCGCGCCCGCCACCACUCCCCCAGCAAGGCCGACCUCCACGCCGAGGCCGUCUCCGCCGCCGCGCCGCUCCUCUCCACCCUCCUCGAGCUCAGGGAUUCCGCCGACGACCUGUGCCUCGCCGUCGUGAAGAAGAAGGUGACGUUCGACUCCAACGUGACCGCGUACGAGGCGCCCCCGAUCCCGGAGGCGGAGGAGCAGGAGGAGGAGGCCGACCCGGCUUCGGCGGGCGGCGACGAGGAGGCGUGGAUGCUGGCGCCGGACUGCGCGAAAUCCGAGGCGUUCCCGCUCAACCACAGGUACGGCAACUGCGCCGGCGCCGCCGACGACGACAGCGACUACGAGGACUGCUACGACUCCGAUGACGACGAGUAUGAGGAUGAGGAUGACGAGGGGGGCGAGGACGGGAUCGACGCGAUCGACGACGACGAGGAGCAUGGCUGCGGGCUCCUGGGCAUCGCGCGCGGCGAGGAGGAGGCGUGCGAGUCCCUCUUCCUGCUCCCGGUCACCAAGACCACCACCAAGGAGGGCGCCGGCCGACUUGGAGCGGAGGCGCGCGCACCCGUGCUCGCCUCGCUGGAGAAUUUCACCGAAAAAUCCCGCACCGCCGCCGCGCCCAACAACUCGGACAAGGAGAACGCCGGCGCGCCGGGGCAAGAGAACUGGUCGUCGCUGGACAAGCUCUCCGACCCGGCGCCGGUCCCGGCCCGGAAGAGAGACAGCAAGCCGGCGGCGAGCCCGGACUACACCCCCAGCACGCCGAGCAAGCAGGAGGCCUCGGUGGACGCCAGCCUCUCGACGUGGCUGGGCUCCGCGGGGACGCCGGAGAGCCACUCCGUGCGCUCCUACUCGCCCAUCAGCCGCGAGGACCGGCCCAUCCUGGGAGCCUUGACCGUGGAGGACAUCAAGAUUUCGUCGGCCAACUCGUCGCCGAGCCGGCGGUCAAGGUCCCCCAGCCCGAGCCCCGAUGACAUGCCCAUCCUCGGCACCGUGGGGGCUUACUGGAACUGCAGCGACAAUUCCGUGACGAGAGGGGGGUUUAUGAAGACCAGGAGCAGGUUUGGGCAGACUGAUGAUCUUGCGAUGAUUGUUUUUUACAGAAUUUCGCAUGAUGAAAUGGUGAUCAUCUGCUGCUGA